GCGCAUUUCUACUAACGCAGGUUGGCGCCCAACGGGGCAUCUGCAAAUCAAAGCCCACGGUCUUGACACAGUCCACUUACCGUCUGCCAUUCCACCAAAGAAAGAAAGUUUGCCUAGCCGCAGGGAGAUGGUUCGGAAUCUGCGAACCUGCGCUAUUUCAUAAGCUGUGCUCUCUGUCGGCGUUUGCGUUAACGCUUUCAUCGCCGCUGUAUUGUGUAGGCAAUUAGCCUCAUGCACCCGCGGACGUCAGGGCAGGGCAUCUUCCCUCGCUACGGCGGAGGGUGGAUGCAUCAGUUCGGCCACGUGUACGCGUUGCAGCAGGAGUUGCUCAAUCCCAAUGCGAACAACUGGUUCCGUGCGGUGGAGCUGUGGCACACCGCCAGACAGGAGGGGGUGGCAAUGAACUCGACACACUUCACGGCCAUUUUACGGCAGUGUGUGCAGCCCGGUGCGUGGGCGCAGUCGCUGCAGGCGUUGCAGCAGAUGACACGAGAGCACAUCCGGCCUGAUGUGAUCGGCGUGGGCUGCGCCUUGGCUGCGUGCGUCGAAGGCAAACACUAUGUCGCUGUGGAGGACAUCUUCAACACCUUCCACAAGUCGAUGCAACUGGAUAGCGUGUGCCACCUCGCGCGUAUUCGGGCCCGGCAGGAGUGCGGUGACACUAAAGGCGCCAUUGAGGCGGGCAAGCAGCAGCAGCAGGAGCAGGCGCCGUUUCUGCCUUACACGUACACGCACCUCCUCGAGGCGUGCAACGUCGAGGACGACGACGUUUACGCGUUGGAGCUGGUGCGCAGCAUGCACACGGAGCAAUGGGCCCCUUCACAGAGGGCCGCCGUCGCUAUGCGAGAACUGGGUGAUCGCCAUCCGCUGAUUGCGCGUGCGUCGGAGCCGGUGCUGGAGCUGGUCGAUAGUAACUCUCCGCUUUCGUUGGAUGCCUCUCCACACAGUCAUGCCCACGCAAGCAAUGAAAAGAAACCGUGA